AUGGCAUCCCUACCGCGCGUUGCCGUUGCCACCAGCUCGGUCAUCCUGAGACUGGCAGCCUUCAUCUUUCUUCGCUGGAUUCCUGGCCAUCAUUUCCCCCGCAUAGUCAUCACCGCCCUUGCGGUGUACGUCACGUCGCUGCUGUCGCUCUCAACGACCAACGACCAACCCAAGGCAUCCACAUCGAAGUCCAGAAAUGCUCAGUCGUCUUCUCAAGGCGGCGUGCUUAAGACGCUGCUGACGGGCCUGCCAUCCGCCACCUCCCGGCGCGCGACGCGCUUGACUGUACUGAUCAACCUCGUCCUCACGCUGCUGACGUUCGAUUUCCUGUUCCACGGCUUAAUCUUCUACCCCGGAGACGACGUGGUUCUCUCACGGAUUGGAUAUGUGUCUCCUACAACCGCCAGUCUGCUCGUUCGAGAGCCCGAUGCCGCCCAGUUGCCUCUCGUGGUACAUUAUCGGGAAGAGGAAGCGGACUCCCAAUCUGCACCGUGGGUGGAGGAAGGCAUCAUCUAUUCGCUGGAUAGCUCAACGGACUUCACGGCUUCCGUGACGCUGCGAGGCUUGAAGCCGUCUUCGCACUACCAGUACUCGCUGUCCAACAACCGCACGGGGUCGUUCGUAACCGCACCUCUCCCGGGUUCCAAGUCCGCCAACCGGCUGUCAUUCUUGACGUCCAGCUGCAUGAAGUCCAAUUUCCCCUACAACCCCUUGUCCCACCCGCUGCGCAUCCCGGGGAUUGAGAAAAUGUCCGAAACCAUCCGCCAGUUGCCGGCCUUGCUGCGGCCGUCCUUCAUGCUGUUCCUCGGCGACUUCAUCUAUAUCGACGUACCCCAGCGCUUCGGCUCGUCGGUCUCUCACUACCGCGGCGAAUACCAGCGCGUUUAUAAGUCGCCUUCGUGGUCGACUCCCGGCGAUGCCCCUGCCAUCGACCUCCCCUGGAUCCACACCCUGGACGACCACGAGAUCGCCAACGACUGGUCAAAGGGCAACACCACCGCGCCGUAUCCCGCCGCCGCCGACCCUUACCUUCAUUACCACGUCAGUGUCAACCCUCCCAUCCCUGCGACCCCGUUCGCUGCCCCGGAAAAUACCACGUACUUCUCUUUCAUCAAUGGCCCCGCCUCGUUCUUCAUGCUGGACACUCGCACCUACCGUUCGGAGCCGGCGAAACCCAACUCGACCAUCAUAGGCUCGGCCCAGCUGCAAUCCCUCCUGGCUUACCUCGCUCGCCCCGAACCCGCCGAGGUCCGUUGGAAGAUCAUCGCAUCCAGCGUCCCGUUCACAAAGAACUGGCACAUCGGCACUACUGAUACCUGGGGCGGCUUCCUGGAUGAGCGCCGCACCGUGUUCGAAGCCAUGUGGCGUGCUGAGCGCGAGCUCGGCGUCCGUAUCGUUCUGUUGAGCGGCGACCGGCACGAAUUCGGAGCCACGCGGUUCCCCGAUCCCACCCUGGACUGGACCCCCGACGAGCUGCAGCCCAACACGGCCGGCGAGGGCUUGCAUGAAUUCAGCGUCGGCCCGCUCAGCAUGUUCUACCUGCCCAUCCGGACGUACCGUCAGACAGACAAUGAGGACGUCACCGUCAAGUACCUCCCCGACGGCAACGUCAAGUACGGGUUGAUCGACAUUGACAUCCAAGACGAGACGGUCGAGACUCCUGGCGGCACCGUCAUCACAAUCCCCAGCUCCGUCCUGACCUAUUCGCUGUACAUCGACGACGACGUGGUCUGGAAGUAUACGCUCAGCGUCCCCUUGCCCGGUUACGAAGCCCGAGUCACUUAUGUGGCGUCCGGAAAACACCCGCGUCUUCUGCCGGGUAAGGUCGUAGAGGAUACGUCUGAAUCCGGCGUAGGAAGCAUCCUGGCCAAAAGCACGAUUGGCCGAGUCGAGGAGGUCGCCGGCUAUAUUCAGCGUCAGGUCGUGGAUACGCUGUAUGGCUUGAUGGAGAGGGCGAAGAAGACCGAGAGGUUAAGCUGA